AUGUAUGAAUUUGGCCGAACACUGUUCCAAUUCCAAUUCCAUAGAAAGCUGCAUGUAUUAUCCCGUGAUGGUCCUAGCCAAACCCUAAAGAUGAAAAUUGCUGAAUUAGAGAAGAUCAGGAAGAAGAAGAACACCAAGAAAAAUCAGUUAUUUGUGGAGACUCCCGAAUCGAAAUCAUACUUGGAUACAGCCACUAUGCCGAUGAUUCUCACUGCAGUUGGAGUUGCAGUAUUUGCAAAGCUCCUGAUGAUGUAUGAUGAGUCAAAAUCCCAAGAGAUGAUUGAGCGCAAAAUAAAGAAUGCUCCUGCUGGUCAAGGCACUGUUAGAAUGCUCACUCGAGAGGAGUGGGAAGAAAUCCAAGAAUUGCGGCCAAGGACUCCGUUUGAAUCUAAGCUUGCUCGGCCAAAUGCCCGGAUAAGAACUGGCGAACCUUUGCACGUGGUAAAGCUCAAUAUUUUAUCCCUGCCUUCUUUAUCCAUCUGUUGUUUGAUGGUAAAGUGUAGGAUGCCAAAUGCAGGCUUGACACUAUUCUAG